AUGUCGUCUAUCAGCCUCCGCCUCCGCGCGCUCCAGCGCCCUGUCGUAUCUCAACUCCGCGCCUUCACCACUACACCCAGCUAUGCAAAGCUGAUGGACACGCCCAAUCCUGCCUCCAACCUCCCAGACCCUUCUGAAAACUCCUCGGCCGCACCAAACGCCAAGAUGCGUUCGGACACGCAAAACACCGACCAGCAAUCGAGUGCGUCGCCUGACGAGCACAAGACCGGCGACGACCAUCCGGCGAAGCAGCCAGACCACCAGGCGCAGCCGACUCGAACGACGGGAAUCGGGGGCGAGACAAAGGUGCAAGGAGGGAAAGAGGGACUGGGUGAGAGGGGCGAUAAGCAGUAG